CAAUGAUUGAAGAUGACUUUUUAAAUGGGUAUAGAUCAAAAAAUCAUAUGAUUUCUGAAGGGUAUGCAUAUGCUAUUUCAGCGGAUUGGUAUAGCUAAAUUUUCAUUUAUAGGUAUAGAUAAUUUUAGAGAUACUUAAAAAACCCAUCAGGUGUUGAUGCUUUAAGAUUCAAUAAAAUUCUGAAUUUUAACAUUAUAGAGAGAGUCAUAGAUAAGUCACCCUCAUUAAAAUAAUAUUCUAUUCCUCCAUUUAAAUAAAUAAAUUAUGAGCAUAUUUAUGGAUUAUCAUAAGAUGCAAAACCAAUAAUCGAUUUUUUUGUCGUUUCUAUUGAUGUCUGGCACUAUUUUAAAAAGCAUUAUACUUCUGGUAUAAAUUAUAAUCAAUAUUGAAAUUAGAUUACGAUAUAAUUGUUUUUGUUACGAAACAGCAUCCCCAAAUGCAAAAAUAUUUUCUUUGCGAUAAUUUGGAUGAGGGAUUGUGUAUUUGCAGGGAUGUUAUAAAUGUUCUCUUUAUAAUUGUGUUUCCAAGAAACUAUGAUAAUUUGCAAGCAAUAAUAACACCUUUAUGUCCUUGGAUGGAUUUAAUUAAAUUUCGCACUUUUAUAUUCUCAAUGUACAAUUUGGGAAUUGAUACUAUCAAAUUUAGUAACGAAGCCUUUCUCUAUUACAAUAACAAAAAAGUGCCAUUUAGAGGAAAUAGAACACUAAAUGAAGUUGAAAUAAACCUAGACAUUUAGAUUGUCAUGGCUUGUUAAAAUUUGAAAAUGCAAGAUUUUGAGGAGGAAAUUGAAAUAGAUUUCGAAGAACAGUAAUAAUUAAAAAGUAAUUAUUAUCUUAAUUAUUCUAAGAUUUACAGAAUAAGUAAGAAUUUUUAGAAAAAUUGGAAAAAGCACUUUGUGAAGAGGCUACUAUUAAAUAGAAUAUAAAAUCGAUUUCAGAAAUUUAAUAAUCUUUAGAGUAAAAUGACUUUUUUUAAAUUUGA